CUAUAUCUAAAUCAUACUUCUGUCAGAAUUUUGAUCCAAACAUUCAAAAUAUGUUAAUCACUAAAAUUAUUGCUCGAAUAGACUCUGGAUUAAGUAAUUUAUCCUUAUCAGGCAUUGAUUGCCAAUCUAAGAAAUAUGGGAUAAAUUUAGAAGACAAGAAAUUAAGUACAAACGAUCAAGAAUUUAAAGAAGCUGAACCUGACAUAAAUCAUAUUCCAAAAAUAGAAGAAAGUGAUGAAGAUGAAGAGCUUGAAAUUAAUGAUCCCUCAUUUAACAAGAUGCGCGAUUUAUUAAAUUUCAUGAUAAAUGAAGCACUAGAAGCAGUGGAAAAACCUGUUAAAGGGCGUGAAAAGAAGAAACGUGCCCCUUCAACUACAAGUCAACAAUCAUUUGAUUUUGGGGAUAUUAAUAAUUUGAUCGACGAAAUUGAAGAAGAUGAUGAAUACGAGUAUGAUGAAUCAGAUGAUGAUGAAUACGAUGAUGAUGAAUACGAGUAUGAUGAGGAUGAUGAUGAACAUCGGGGCAGAGCCCUUAGAAGAGAAAAGGCUCAUAAGCGACAAAAGAGUGUACAUGAAGAAAGAUUCGAACAAGGAAUGUUGGAAUUUAACAAGAGUAUUGCAGACUUUACCACUCUUGUUGAUGCAAUGACUACAGAAGAUCCAAGUGAAAUCCUUGACGAUGAAAACCUUGUAUACCUCGAUAAUGUCGACAAUUUCGCGCAACAAUAUUGUCUUUUUAUACGUACCCUCAUUCUUCCAUUCUUAUAUGUCAUUCAUUAUUUCAUGUCAUUAUAUAUUAAGACAUUUACCUAUCAAUCAAAUUCAUCAAAAAAUAAGACAAACACUACAUUUGUCGAAAAAGGUGAUUGUAAUGGUUGUG